AUGUUUGGCGAGCUGGUGCCAGAGCAUCGACCAUGGCCCAAGCGUGCGGCAGAUGUGCCCUAUGCCUCCAGACUCAACUACUUCUCCCUCAACCGGCAGUCGUGUCCAUAUCCGGAAGUGGCCCUCUUCCGAUUGCCGUCCUUCUGUGCUCUGCUCUCCCGACGCCUCGAGGCCGGCUACCACCCCGCAAUCUUCCACAGGCAUAGCCGAUCCCCCACGCUGGCAAACUCGCCCUCAAGCACAAAAUAUACACAGCAGUACCUAAACGAGAUCCUGCGGUCGUACAUAAUCUUGUUUGGUCCGGACAAAAGGUCUAGAGACCUCUUCCGGUCCCAAGAGCUUGCCAAGGCCCAGGUCGGCGGGCAGGCCGACCCCUUGCUGACCCAUCUAUCCCCAAAGAAGGUACGUCGUCUGGGGUCUGCGGGCGUGCCAUGGACGAUGCCGACGAGAGGCUUCUAUGGGCCCGAUGACUUUCCCUUGUUGGGCGAGAAACUGCUCCGGCUGCAGGACUUCAACAUGCAGAAGGAUUCCAGCACACUGAGGGAAUUCUGGGCGGACCAGCGGAACCCCUUCAAUUUUUACACGUCCUGGGCCGUCCUCGUCUUUGGACUUAUGUCAAUUCUGCUCUCACUUGUCCAUUGCGCCCUGUCCAUGGCGCAACUGGUCGUUUCAUUGCGCCAGCUACAGAGUACAUCGGACAAUUGA